CACUCGCCUUCGUUGGGUUGUUGUAUGAAACGGCUGAGUUUGGUGUGUCAUUCGGUUCGCUACCUCGCUCGUUGACGGAUGUGAGUGCAUGAGAACGGAGCGGUUUUUAAAGUAGGAAAACAAAAAUAAUUAUAAAAUACAAAAUAAUCGAGGAGAGGCGCAAAAAAAACAACAACAAAAACAUUUAAGCGGCGAAACAAAGUGUCGGAAAACAACAACAACAAAUGAAUAGCAAAUCAGAAAAUAUAAUAAAAAAUUAUUAUUAAACAAUUUCCACGUGAAACAGCAGUGUCGUGUUGUUGUAAAAUAACAACAAUAAAUUAACGGAAAUACAAAUGUUGCAAGUGUAUUUUUUGUGGCAAGUGUCAAGUGUUAAGGCUCAAAAUUUGAAAGCUUAUUAGAUAUUACAAUAAAAAAUAUAAACAACAAUAAGCAGAGUCCAAGAAAAAGUGAAGUUUUUGAAGCAAGAAACAUAAAAUUUUUUAAUAAAAAGACAAAAAAUAAAAAAUUUUGUUAAAAUAAAAACAAAGUGUGAAAAUUAUAUAAAAAAUUAAAAUUGAAAUUUUUUUACAAAAAAAAAAAUACAAUAACAAAAAUUUUUAAAAUUAUUACAACAAAACUACAAAAACAAAAAAUAAUAAUUUUGUGGAAAAAAGUAAGAAACAGUUAAGUUUUGUGCAAAAUUGAAGUUGAAAUCCAAAUAAGAAACUUCAAAAAAUUUUGAAAAAUAUAAAAAAAUAUAUAUUUUCCAGUGUAUAAUUGCAAUUACAUACAGUACCACACAAAAGUGUUGAAACAACUCAAUAAAUCAAGUGUUACCAACCACUAAAACGCUAAACACCCGCGGAAGCGCAGAUAAAAAGCCAAUUAGUACAACAACAACAACAAACAAGAAGCAAUUUAGCUUAAACAGCACCGAAAACACCCGCUUCCAACGACGGUGCUAACGGUGAAAAACUGCUUAAUGCCGGAUUAGUGCAACACAACAAAUUAUUAUUAUUGUUGUUGUUAUUAUUGCUGUGGUGUUUAAGCUAAACGUACGCUAACCCCAAGGAUAAAUCGCAAUAUAAAUGUCAAAAGUGGAUUUGUGUGAGUGAUAAAAAUUGCAACAAAAAUAAAUAAAAAAAAUAAAACAGUUAUACCAACAAACUGCGCAUCGCAUUAAGAAUUAACAGUUUUAACUGUUAAAGCACAAAUUAAUUUACAUUUACAAUUUAAAGAAAUACAAACACAACAACAACAAAAAUAUAAUAUAUGGCCAAUACAAAAGCAGCGACUGCAACAGCAACAGCGAGUGCAACAACAAUUAGCGGCAGCGAGAAUCAAUUCUGCAUGCAAUUAAAUGCUUCAGAAUUAACGGCGAUCAUAAUGAAAGGUUCACCCAAUUCCAACGAUCGCGAUGCUGGCUUCUGCUCCGGCAGUUCGGAGGGCGGCGACGAUCUCGAUCGCAUUGAGCAUGCGCGCCUCGUAAGCAGCAGUCCCACCAGCCCCACCGAUGCGACAACAGAGACCUCGGAGGAUUCCGUUGAAGUCAAAGUCACACCGAUUGCACUCGUGCGCAAUAAGCGCAAAAGUUCAGAACCCUCCAAAGUGGUGGACGCCAGCGCGACAUCGGUUGCAGCGGGUGCGCAUGCGCCAGCACUGGCCACAGCGCCGCUGAAGAAACGCAUACGUUAUACCUCGACAACAGAUUCCGCUGUGGUAUUGACACCUCCAGCGCUCGCGACACCACCACCACCAGCGCAUGGCAUCUGGGAUCCUAGUCAAGUGUUACCUCAUGAAUUGAUGCCAAAUCCAGCGCAGGUGUUCGUGCGACAUCCGGGCGCCACGACGUUGCAUCGCAUACCCGCCACCACAGUCGAGGAGCAAUUGGAACCGUUGGCGUUGGUCGCAAAGAAGCCAACCACCAGCAGUAGUAGCGUUAAGGCGGAGAACGAGCAAGCGCAUACAUACGCGCACACGCCCACCAAGUACACGCCCGCCAACGAUGAGUGCGCGCCGUCCGUUUAUGUGCCGAAGAAGCAGCAGGCAACCGCCAAUAGUCAACUAAAGUUCCAUGCCAGCAACAGUGAGUCCGUGCCGCUUGCAUUUACGGCGAAUGCGCAUCACUUGAGCGGCGCCGCGCGAGAUGAGCACGCGCUGCAACAACAUGCAGUUGCAAGCGGCAGCGCGUUGCAGUACAAUAAGCCCGGCAGCAGCGCGGAUGAGGCGCCCAGCGGCAGCGGCGGUAGUAUUGGUAGCGGCAGCGCGCGUCCACAACAACGCAACUACAAGAAUAUGACACGCGAACGACGUAUUGAGGCGAAUGCGCGCGAACGCACGCGCGUGCACACCAUCUCCGCGGCUUAUGAGACGCUGCGCCGCGCCGUGCCAUCCUAUUCGAAUGCGCAGAAACUUUCAAAGCUUUCAGUUUUGCGCAUUGCCUGUUCCUACAUUUUAACGCUGAGCCGCAUGGCUGGCGAAGAUUACAGCGCUGAUGGUUCCGAGCCAUCGCUGGCUGAUUGCUUCGAUGCGGUCACCGAAACCAUACAGACUGAGGGCAAGAUCAGAAAGAAGAAGGACGAAUAAGCGCUGAAGCGGUGAAUACGUGAAAGCUUAAAAGCUCGAAGACCAAGCAAGCAGCAGGUUUCAAUAGUGCGUUUAGCACAUAAGACUUUAUUAUUUUGUAGACUUUUAGUUUCCUACUGAGCAAUUAAGUAAAAAUAAAAUAAAAUUUUUAUUAUUAUUGUGACUGAAGCUUUUAAGCACUGGCGCUUGAAAGCGUUCGAAGCUUUUGCGUGUGCGCGCAAUGAAAGCUCAACAACUAUGAUGUGUGAGCAAGUGUAAUAAAGCUUUAAAAGCGUUGAUAUGGCUUACAAAAAACGAUCAGUUAAAUACUAGUAUGAUGAAAGCUCGCAUGAAAGCUCAUCAAAUUUAAUAUUAAUAAAUAUUUGAAUAAGUAUGUGUAUAUUGUGAUGACGCUUUCGACAGUCGAGCAGUUGAAUAAAUAAGAAGUUAAUUUCUUAAGAAUUGUUUGGAAAAUUAUUUGUAU